AGUCACGAAAUAAUACCGCUUGUCGUCGGCUACAUAAUUCUCUCUCAUCCAACGCCAUUGACCCCCUCAUCCUCCCUUCCCGCUUCAAAAUUCUAUCACAAUUCCCCUCACUUUCUCGCCAUCCAAAGUAAACAGAAAGAAAUGCAUACUCAAAUCUCCGAUUCCGAGCAGCAGGAACUCAUCGAGAAGCUCGACAUCUUCAGGAUCAGGGGACGUGACAAACGCGGCCGCACCGUCCUUCGCAUCAUCGGCAAAUUCUUUCCAGCUCGAAUUGUGAGCGUUGAUGCUCUGCGGAAGUAUUUGGAGGAGAGAAUAUUCCCAGAGAUCGAGAAAAAGCCGUUCGCUGUGCUGUACGUGCACACUGGAGCUCAAAGGUGCGAGAACUUCCCCGGAAUCUCAGCCGUCCGAUCAAUCUACGACGCCAUCCCGAUCGGCGUCCGCCGGAAUCUCGAAGCCGUGUAUUUCCUCCACCCCGGCCUCCAGGCCCGCCUCUUUUUCGCCACCUUCGGCCGCUUCUUUUUCACCGACGGGGUAUACGGAAAGCUGAGGUACGUGAGCAGGCUCGAUUAUUUGUGGGAGCACGUGAGGAGGAGCGAGAUUGAGGUGCCUGAUUUCGUGUACGAUCAUGAUGAGGACUUGGAGCACCGUCCGAUGAUGGACUACGGAUUGGAGAGCGAUCAUCCGAGGGUGUACGAUGCGCCCGCGGUUGAUUCGCCUGUGUCGACGUACUCCAUGAGAUGCAUCUCUUAGCUAGUCGUAAUAAUUGAGAAGUUAUUUUUUUAGUUCUUCUCGCUUUUUUACAAUUUAGUGGUUGAUUAGGAUAUAUGUGGUUGUAUUUAGAUAAUACGAGAAAAUAUGCCCGCGCGUUGCUGCGGGAACAUGUUGUUUGAGGUGUAAUCGGAUGAAUAAAACACAUUUAAGUUGAAUAAAUUCAACACAAUUAUGAACAAA